AUGGCGAGCGUCGGCGGAGGUGGUGGUGGUGCCAGCAAGAUGGCGGAUAAGGAAAAGAAGAAGAAGGAGAGUAUUUUGGACCUCUCCAAAUACAUCGACAAAACAAUUCGAGUGAAAUUUCAAGGUGGGAGAGAAGCAAGUGGUGUCUUGAAAGGAUUUGACCCUCUUCUGAACCUUGUGCUUGAUGGUACCAUUGAAUAUAUGCGAGAUCCAGAUGAUCAAUACAAAUUAACGGAAGACACACGUCAGCUGGGACUUGUGGUCUGCAGAGGGACUUCUGUGGUUCUUAUUUGUCCACAGGAUGGAAUGGAAGCUAUUCCAAACCCUUUCAUUCAGCAGCAAGAUGGCUAAUGCUUUCUUUGGAUUGUCUCUGAAGACUUCAGGGAUCCAAGACAUCAGAGAAAACUAUCAUUGUGUGAGAAGCUUCCUGUUUUGCGGGAGGAGUUUGAAUGUGUAUUUGUUAGCGUGAAAGAACAGUCAACCGUUAUUUUUGUGGCUUUCCAUAAAUGAUGAGACGAUGGGGCAUGGUGUGUAAGAAUUAAGUUCUGAUCCGUCCCACCCCCCAAAUAAAUUUGUAACUACAUUGUUUAGAGCUGAUAGGAGAGAAUAUAUUGUCAUGGAAUUGUCUGAGACCCUCUUGAUCUUGUGAGUUUUGAAACAACAUUAGUAAAAAAUGUACUGAUUAUUCGUUAUAUUAUUUACUUUUUUGAAUACAUUAAAAAUGUAUUUAAUCUAAAUUAAUCUAAAGACUAAAUACACUAGAACAUGUUUUUCUUCCUGUUAGAUGUCAGUACUUGCCUGGGAAGCAUUGUGUUGUAGUCUUCU